UGUCAAGCAGUGAAUCGCUCGUAAAAAGUGGAGCCGGUUACGAAACGUUCCAAGUGAUUUUAAGAUGUUCGGUGAUUUUUUUUCUUGCGAUUGAGCAAUGAUCCGGUUGAUUUUAUUGGGAAUAUUGAUCGAUGGCUUCCGGUAGUUCAAGUUCUAGAAAAAGUACUAUCUUUGACGCCCAAAAGCCAACACCCUCAACUGCGCAGUAAUUGAGCACUCUCUGCCGUCGACAAAGUGAAACCAGUAAAAGGAAUCUGAUCAUUCAUCAUAAUACUCCGAAUGCCUCGCCGAGUUGCUUAUCAUCACCACCGGCACAACCACAAAUCUCAACAGCAUCAUCAACAGCAGCCGUCUGUCAAAUCUUGCCGGAGAAUUGCAUCGCUACUAUCUAUCACCACCAGUAUCAUCAUCAGUUGAUAAUAUUUAUUACUAUAUAGCAGAGCCUUUCCUUCGAAGUUCCCUUCGUCUGCUGGAGCUUGUCUGAGUUGCUUAGUCUCGACUCACUUAGCUCCCGGAGAACAUGUGAUUGGUGGUCAGAGUCAUGAACGAUAGAACCAGAACUAGCAGCAACAGCACCAGCAGUAGCGAUGAAGUGGCGGUUCCGGCUCAGGAGGAAAGAUGGUAUCAAAAAAUUACCGUGGAACCGACCAUGUUCCUGUACAUGAUGGCUUUCAUGCUGACGUCGGUGGUUGAGCAGGUGUUCUUCCUGUACAAGGCCUGUACCGUCAAUCAUGGCUAUUCGCACGAUAUUUGCAUCAAUAUCGAGAACUACCAGGACAUCAAAAAGGAGGUCCAGAUAACGACCUCGACCUUUCACAUGUGGAACAGCAUAGCCAUGUACAUUGUGCCGAUAGUGUUGGCGCUAUUCCUUGGGGCAUGGUCAGAUCGUCGGGGGCGUAAGCUUCCGUUGAUCCUGGGACUGAUUGGGAAAUUGAUAUACUCAACUAUGGUCGUAGUGAACACUCGGAUGACCAAUUGGCCGGUGGAGUACAUCAUCUAUACGGCCACCAUUCCGAGUGUCCUCACCGGGGCUGAUAUCGCGAUUUUCGCGUCCUGUUUCGCCUACAUAUCGGAUGUAACCACAGUGGCCGAUCGAACCAUGCGGAUCACCAUCCUGGAUGCGACCUACCUCAGCACCAUGCCCAUUGGGGUGGCCGUCGGGGGUCUCAUCUACAAUCAAACUGCCAAAUCGUUCACCAUAAUGUUUGCCAUCAAUGCCUCGCUUCUUCUAACCUCGAUCAUCUACUCCAUAAUUCGGUUGAAGACCCGCACCACCGAUAGGCAGGUUUCGAUCCGGGAGCUACCCUGGUACCGGAUGCCCGGAGAUUUCUUCGAUCGGAACCACGUGGCCCACUCGUUGAGGACUUUUUUCAAGAAGCGCACCCUCAAUCGAAGGGUGUACCUUUACGUGCUGAUGAUCGCCAUGUCCUUCUACACAUUCCAACGGGACGAAAAAGCCAAAAUGUACUUGUAUACCCAGCUGAAGUUCGAUUGGGACGCGAACAAGUAUAGCUACUUCAAGACGUACCAAUCGGCGGCUUACGUGGUGAUGAUGUUUCUGGGGGUGCCGUUUUUCACCAAAGUUCUGGGCAUGCGGGACACGUUCAUCAUCAUGAUCGGAGCGACGGCCCACGCAACGGCCCGGUUCUUCUACGCCUUCGCCCAGGUCGAUUGGCUGCUGUACGUCGGAGCAACGGUUUCCAGUCUGGGGCCGAUUGUAGCCCCAGUGCUCCGUUCGAUGAUCUCCAAAAUGGUUCCGAUAACCGAGCGAGGCAUAAUCUUCUCGUUCCUGUCCUGUUUCGAUAAUGCCGUUCCGCUCGUUAGCGGGUUGCUGUACACCCAGAUAUACAACAACUCCAUUAACAGCUUCCCGCAGGCUUUCUUCUUCCUCACGAUGGGCACCCAGAUGGUGGUGUUCCUGCUCACAUUGUAAGUUAAUUGGGGUAUUCACGUUUCCCUUCGGGGGAAAUCUUUUGAAGAGGGCACCACCGAUCGGGUCGACGGAUUGAUCGAUGGCGAGAAAUUACCAGUCAGUGAUGGAACUGGUCCCGAAACGGCUGAGAAGGACACGUGAUUGCUUGAUUAGUUUGUAACAUACCUGUGUGAAAACGUUCAAGAUUUCAACUCAAAAGACUUAGCAGUGGAUAAGUUCGUGAUUAUGAAAAACAAGUUUCUCCUUGGGGAGGAAAUAUGAAUGUGCUUAAUCGUCCGGUUCGAUUCAUUUGAAAUGGAUUACAAUGUUGAAAAAUAAUUAAGGCAGGAAACUUCAUUCUGGAUAAAGAUUUUUAAAAGAUUUUUAAGACUCGGUCAAUUAAAAUUUUUAUUGAAUUUAUUGUCUGUAGGUAGAGACAAAAAUAAUAAAACAAAACUCAUACCUUA